CGAAGACUGCACUAGUCGGAAACGCAUGUGGAUUUUUCCCGAAUUUCUUUCUAAUGUGGAGGGAAUCUUAGGAAAAACUAUAAUGCAACGAAUGCAAAUUCUGGUGGCCGUUUUCGGCGUGGCUUUAAUGUUCCUAUCAGCCAAAGCAAUGGACUUAGAUAUCAAACCGGCCGGAGCAACUUUAGCAAAAUCAAAAGGCGCAUCCUUUAUGUUGACUUGUGUAGCUACAGGAAUACCUAGUGAUUCAAAUUUUAAGCCUCAGUUAGAGUGGUACGGGCCGAAUAAUGCUGGGCGACCGUUGACAGAUGCUGAUUUAGCUGCUUAUAAUGGAUUAUUAGAUAGGGAUACUUAUGAAAACAAAUUGAAAAUACGAUUUGAAGGAAUAAAGGGCGAUGCACAGGGGAAGUACGUGUGUCGAGCUAAGACGGAGACAGGAGAAUCUCGUCAGGCCGCGAUUCAGCUACAGCUAUUUAAGAAGAUCACAUUUGACGAUGCGCCAGAAGAGCAGUUCCCAGUCCAGGGCGAAAACGCUUUGAUCAAGUGUGUUGUCAGUGGAUCACCGGAACCUAGCAUUACCUGGAAGGUCAAUGGCAAACGUAUCGACUUCAACUCGCCAACGAACACCAAGUAUGGUGAGGACGAGCAAAAGCGUGGCAUAAUCGUGAAAACGAUCGCUCAGGAAGACGAGGGGGCGUACGAAUGUCAUGCGGAGGUCGAAUCCGACGGUCAGAUGCAAGUCAGAAAGAUAAAAGUCACGGUGAACAUCAAGCCGAAGUUUGCCGAUGGAUACAAGCCAGAAGUUAUUGACACGCCCAUUGUCGGCAAGACAAUUAAGCUCAGGUGUUUCGCAGAGACGGGUAAACCGGAACCAACAUAUCAUUUCUAUAAGAAAAGUGCACCAAAUGAUGAACUGACGACCAAGAAGGAUAGUCGGUACACACUUGCGCAAAAGGCGGGACCAAACUCGAAAUCGGGUGAACUCACGAUCACGGAUGUGAAAGCUGAAGACGAUGGGGAUUACAUAUGUCGGACGAAGAGUCAGGCGGGUCCUACGGAUGUGGAGUUCAACGUGGACGUGAUCGAGCCACCUCAGUUGAUCAAGUUUGAGGACCAAGUCUUCAAGAGUAAGGAGCAAGGCUUCUUAAGAUGUGAAGUCAACGGCGAUCCAAAACCAGAGCUUUCGUUCAAGAAGGCUGGUAGCAGCUCCUCCUAUGUACUCGGAAAACAACCGGAUGAUUCUCGGAUCAGCAUCAAACACUCGACGACUGAAAGCGGAUACGCAGUCAUUGAGCUCCAGAUUGCUGGUCUGACCGCUGAGGAUACCAACAACUACACAUGCUCGGCCAAGAAUAGCGGCGGCUCACAGGAAUGGGAGGGUAGCAUUACUGUCCAAUAUAAACCUGACUUGAGCCAGACUGAGAACACAUCAUUCCACUGGAUCGGUAACACCAAGAAUGUGACAUGUCUGAGCGAUGGUGAGCCAGCGCCAUCAUUCCAGUGGCAGCAUGAUGGCAGUGACAUCAACGACGACUCGACGUACAAGAUCUUCAAUGAGAAGAAGAAAAGCAACCUUCAGAUUAAAAUUCCAAAAGGUGAAACGAGUGCCAACAUUGCCUGGAUCUUUGGUAAAUACACCUGUAUCGCCACAAAUGACAUCGGCGAUGACACGCAUGACAUCAUGGUCAAAGAAGCAGUCACCCCGAAGAAGCCUGACCGAGUCACAAUCAUCCGCCACACGCCGACCACGAUAACAUUCAAAGCAGAGGGACCAAACGAACCGGGACAGAUAGAUUUGAUCGGCUAUUUUGUCGAGUUGAAGAAAGAUGAUGGCACAGCGGGCGACUACACAGCUAAAUAUGACUACGCUAUCAACAAAACGAUCAAGGUUUUCAACCUGGAGUCAAACACCAAGUAUCAGUUCAGGAUAACGUCGUACAACGCCGUGGGAUCCAGCGCCGAGGGCAUCAAGAUCAACCACACAACAGACAACAUGCGCGCCCCCUAUCCAGUUGUAAUCAUUUCAAGGAACAUUAGCGAACAACCUAAUGUAUAUAAAAUAAAAUGGGAAAAACCAGACAACGGUGGCCAGCCGAUCCAGCUAUACAAGAUAAGUUACAGAGUGGUCGAAGUGGAUCCAAAUGACGAAUCUAAAAUAAUCAGUGGCGAAGGGUGGAUGGAGAUCAAAGCAAAAAUUAAUCCGAACAAAAAAAGUUACAAUCUAAGACAUCUGCGGGCGAAUAAUUACUAUGAGGUGAAAAUAACGGCAAAAAAUGACCUGGGAGUGUCGGAACCAAAGGCCUAUCUAUUCAAGACCGUUCAAGCUGCAUAUAUGCCUCUCCCAAAUAAGGCAACACCGCCCCCUAUACUUGAAACAAAACCAACAACUCCGAACACUGACGGUGGAACUUGGCCAAUUAAAUCGAGUGGUAUAAAAUCGUUGGCAUCCCCCGCCCUCGUCGCAAUUAUGCUAAUUAUCUCGAAACUACAGCUCUAAUUGGACACUCUCGGAGACUGGGGAAAUUCUUGGAAAAUACUCACGAUCGAAGAUGGUGGUGCUUGAAAAACGAACAAUUGACUCUGAAUUAUCAGCAAAGAACAUUUCAAAGAUUUUCGAAAUGUUGAAAACUUUUGAAAGUGUAAAUGUUCAAUUUGUUAAAUAUAAUUUAUGUAAAUGGGUAGUCAUCUUUGACCUCUAAUUAAGUCAGUUUGUGAGGAACUUUAUUUUUUAACCAAACAGGUGCCCAGUAGCAUUUAAUGCGAUACUGGUGCCUGUUAGUUGCUGGCCUGACGUCAAUCUAUCAACAUCUUAUCCAAGAUAUUCACCAGUCGAAAAAAUUGCAUAAAAGAUUGCAAUUUUGAUUGGUGAAUCUCUAUCACCAUGGUUACAAUAAGCAGUUCCCAUGACAACCAAUGUAGGUUCCCAUAGCAACUAUUAAAGGUUACCAUGGCAACCAAUAAGAUAAAACCAUGUCAAUCCUCCGUCACCCAUAACCAGCUUGUCUGUUGUCCAGCUCCUUUAUGUCUGUUGUGUUUGUUUAUUUUUUGCACUUUUUCAUUAAUUUUCUAUUAAUUUUCUAUUAAUUUACACUGUUUUACAUGUUUUUAUUUGCCAUCAUAACAACCUUUAAUCUUUUGGGGUAGCAUGCACCCCCUGUGGAAAUAAUUUGUAUAUUAAUUCUAAAAUUCCGUCACUUUUUGAAGAUUUUUUAGGUCUAAUUAACAUCAAUAAAGACACUAGUAAACUAAAAUUUAAAAAAGGUAAUUUUUUUGGUGUCACGAUGAGUAGAAGACGAAGGUGAACAGUUCCACUAGCAAGGGUAUUCAUUUUAAGAACAGAAUUGAAAUGAAGUAGGGUAUUUGGUGCAACAUAUUAAAACCACAGUUAGAACAACACACCAAUAUGUUUACCAGAUUUUGUAGAUCAAUUUGCCAGUAUUUGUUAUGAAUGAUACUGCUGAUAUCAGAAGUAAAUCACAUACCUUUAUUUUUGCACACAAAGGUGGAAAAACAAAGUUGUAACAUGGAAUGGAAUUUUUACUCCAGGACUGAGAUUUUGGCAUGCUAGUUUUCCAUACACCACAGUAAGGAAAGACUUUCUAAGAAUAGAAAUGUUCACUUCAAAAAUAUUCAGUUGAUGAUAGGAUCAAACAACAUGCCCAGCAAAUUCAUCCAAAUUCAUAUUGUGUAAUUUCAAUUGUUCCCUUAAGUUUAUAGUCAACUUUCAUUCCAUAAAUGUGGUUGUUAGAUAUGCCUCCAGUAGGUGUCUCCACUACUUUUGUGAUGUUUUUAUCGAACAGGGAAUAAAGUUGGUUAUGGGUGAUCCAUUAAAUAGGUCACAAAAGCUGACGAUAGGACAUAUUCUGUCCCAAGCCACACCCCAUCCCCCCAACCACAGCUGCAGUCAGAGUGUGCACCCCCUUAACCAGCCCCACCCCGCCCAGCCUCACCCAAAUAUAUCAGCAAUUAGCUAUCUUGACUUUUACAGGCCAAUGUGACUACCUAGAUAUUUCACUGUGUUACCUUUUGAUAAUUUGUGAAUCAAACCUGUAAGAAUACUCCGCCAGUUGAUAUGGAAAAUUUUAAUAGGCCACAGAACUAGCGACAGGGCUUCUCUUAAAUAGCGUUCUUUGGUACCUGCAGCAUCUGUGGUGGGGUGUUUUGUGGAAAUCACGGAAGUUAUCCGAUGCCAUUAGCGUGUUGUAUAACUAGCCCCGCACCUGAAAGAGUUGGUGCCAGAGUGUUAUCUUACCAUGUGACGUCACAACUAGCGCUUGUGGUGCUGAGCUGUUGUAACCAAGACAGUGAAUUCGUCCUGUAUGUUCUCGUUUUUUGCAAAAAGAUGGCAGACUGUGCAGACCGACCAGAUUUUCUAUGAGAGAAAGUUGGUUCUUCUUUGUUUGAAGUUAGCUAUUCGCUGAAAUAUGCUGAAAUGGAAGAAAUGGAACAUGCAAGUGACAAGUGUGGAUGAACUGGUUUGAGUACAAUCAGUUAUCGGACACGUUAUGUAAGGUAGUGUUAUAUAAUUUUGUGUGAGCCAUUGAGGGCUGGCUCUAUUAGGCAGAAUUGAAAAUAGUGCCAGGGUCAGUUGUUUUUGGUUUUAAGUUUCGAAAGCAUUCUGUUCAAAUAAUCAUAUAUAUGUGUUCGUUUUAUACAAUUUUAUUGUACGAUUUUGUUUCGUUUGUGUUUUCCGAUAUUGGCGCUUAGGAUAAGAGCCCACCUCAUCAAUUGCCAAAUGCCUCUUGUGACCAUGACCGUGACCAUGACCUUUAGUCAGAUGACUAAAUAAUCAUUAAUAUGAAUAAUUUCUGAAAAAGGCAUCCAUUUGCUUAAAAAACAUAAAAGUAUUGUAGAUUUUAAACUUUGCACCAAGUGGAUUCUUCUCGGACAUUUAUCAUUGAUUUGAUGUCAUCUUUAGCAUUUAGCAAAACAAGCAAUUUCACCAAACUGCAUUUAUUAUCUCAUUAAAGACUGCCAAAGUGGUCUUACUACCCUUAACUUAUGAAAUGGCUGUUCCCUGUAAGUGAUUUAGUUGAGUCCAUUCCAGUUUAGAGAGUAGAUUUAAAUGUUUUUUUUAUGAGAUGAGAAGGUUUGGCCAUGAACUAAAUGCUGUGUUGAGUAAGUCUGAUGUUAGGAGGGCGGCAGAUCAAGAAAGAAUUUGGAGUUUCAUUUCUAUAAAUGCAGAUAGGUACCCUCUUGCUAUGUGAGGGGACAAAAAGUGCCACCAAAAAGUUAAAAAGGUGUCAAAACCUAUAUUGACAUGACUAUUCAUUGGAAUGGUCUCGAUGAAUACUUUCUGGUGGUUCAGUUGCUGCCGUGAUUGAUUUUUGGACAAAAUGUACCUUUCUUAAAAUUUGUAGCCCUGCUAGAUUAGGACAAGGGAUGCAGUUUAUACCUCAGGAUUCAUGGUUCUUGCCGGUGGUCAUGUUUAUUUUCAAGUUAAACCAUUACUAUGGUUACGGUUACCAUGACAAUGACUACCCAUUGCCAAGGUUGGUUACAAACCUGGCACCAGUUGGAUUGAGAUUGAUGAUUGGGAGAUCUGUGUAGAGGGUUCUUUAUGAACCAGUUUGAAACUUUUAGAAUAAUCUGUUGCAAAAGGCUCAUGGGAGGUUUAUGCAAAUGAGAUUAAUGACCUCGUCAUCUUAUAAACCUCAUCUCCAGGUGUAUUUUAUUAUUGUAAUGGCUUCAGUCAUUGGUCUUUGGGAACAAGUUCAGGGAGUCCCCACAUGUUUGGAAAUCAUGGAAGUCUUGUCACCAAGAUGAAAUGUUCCUGGGGAGAGGUAGCAAUUGUGAUCUUAAGAGGGUUAGCCAUCCAGAACAUCAUUCUUUAUCAGAUGUCGGUAUAUCUUGUUUAUGGUGUAUAAUACUUGGUUAACAUAGAGUUGGUGUUGUCACUUGAAACGUUCACUUUAAGAAUGAACAAGUCAGUUACAAAGAGCGGAUGAUAUUGGAUUCACAAAGUCAAUUUUCACCCUGAUGGUGUUCCAUGUCAUGUUUUUAAACCCGUGUCAGUUUAUAAAUAUACACGUGACUUGUGCCGAGUGACAAGUGACAGCAUGAACUCUAGUUAACAUAGCCUAAGGUGCCAACAUCGAUUCAUGUUGUAACGGGAUCGAAACGAUCAGGUUUUAUUGGGACACCCUGUGUAGCCGGUGUACAUUAGACUAAUAAAAGUGUCAUUUCUGUCUAAACUUAAGAUUCAUUUGCGGGAUUACAGAAGCAAAAACUGUCGUUGAUACUUUUUCUGUGGAUACUGUGGAGCAUUUUGAUGCCCUGUUGUCUCUUAAUGUAUGAUAAUAAUAUAUUCGAAUAUUCGGCAAUUUAACGCAUAGCUGAGUGUUAAUAUCUUUUCUGUCUUGAAUUGCCCACGGGUAUAGAGCGUGGCUGAGCUUAUUUUAGCACAGGGAACUUCAGAUGUAGAGGAACAUAGGAGAAGUAGUUGUAAUUUAGGCCUCCAAUGUGGAAACAAGGAAAACUUCAUAAUGUAGGAGGAAACCAGAGUGUUGGAAUCAUUGUAAUUGCAUUUGCUUUAGGCUUUUGUGCUUAUAGCAGUUUGAGUGUGUGUCAAUUAUUGCCGGAGUGUUUAAACAAUGCAAAACUGAACAAAUUAGUGCAUCGUCGAAGAUUAAAGUUAUUUCAUCACCACCUCCGUCAAAAUCACGUAAUGCUCCAAGUGUUGACAAUGAUGACGGUGAUGACAUCAAGAAUACCAUGAUCUUUAAUCAUCCUCAUAAGUAUGAUAUUGUUCAGCUUGACAAUCUUUUUAGAAAUUAAAGGAUACUAUUUGGCCAGUAGUCUUUCUAAAUAGAUUAUGACAUUGGCCCUCUACUAUUCCUUGUGGAACAUCCAUUUGCAGUGAGAUUACAAAAUAAAGGCAGCCAAUUAUGGUUACUAUUUCCUCUACAACUGAUGGUUCUCUGUGAUUAACUGUCCAAAGCUUGAUCAAGCCGUGUUAAAUGUGGAUACAAAUCUCGUGUGCAUAGCUAUAUUGUACUUAAAUCUCACUAAAAGCUGUUGUCAACAAUUAGUCUUCAGUGCCUUGGAAAACAAAGCUAUUUUAUUGGCUAACAUCAUAAACAAAAUAUAAAAAUUUAUCCCUCGCGCAUUCAAAGUGGCCAUGUGGUCAAUGCGCGGACCCUGAAAGUGUUUCGUAAAGAGCCAUAUUUUCAGAAGCUGCUAAAAGGGAUGGACAUUCUCUGCUUUCCUGAGAUGGACCAUCGUUCUACGCUAUCCUUAAUUUGGCCAGCAUUCUCUGCAAUCCUGAGGUGGGCCGGCAACUUGUGGAGUGGAAUCGCUUAAUCGCUUUUGAGUAAGCCAUGCAAUUUCAAAACGUUUUUGGUAAAAGCUUGGUUGGAAUGGCCACUUUGUCCCAAAAGGUGUUAGCUAUGACUCAGAUUUGUGAAAGAUUGUUUGAGUCGCGCUCACAUUUUAAACAUUUCAGGGUAUCAAAGGUAAAGGUGAGUUAAAGAAAAUUCUACAAUGCCACUAAUCUGUUAGAGGUCUCUACUGAAGGAAUGUAUAUAUUUAAAAUCCUUGGACACAUGGUUAAGUAGACAAAAAGAAUAAUCAAAUUAAACGAAAUUUGAAAAAUUAAAAUUUUUUUGUCUGAUAAAAACUUUUUAACGUUUGGAUGAAUUUGAUUUUUGAGACUUUAAGAUAGCUUCCUCGUGCAAGGCACUCUACACUAAAAAUUACCUCUAUACUAUAAAUAGCAUACACAUCAAAAUAAUCUUGCUUGCUACUAUUUGUUACUUGUACAGAUGUUGAACAUUUAAAUAUGCCGCUGAAUUUGUUAUGCCCUUCGAUGUCGUGACCAGGCACCUUAAAGUGGCUCUGGCCUGGUGUGAGCUUAUCUGUAUAGUCGAUUGAAGCUGCUGUGUAGGGCAGAUGUCUGACUAUGGAUCUGAACCUUCCAAUAGGGAGAGGAGGCAUCGGUUAACACUUUGAAGGCUGGACCAAAACAAGGCAAAGAAAAAAAGGAAGGCUCAAACUUGUUGGUGGUUAAAAGAACGGCUCUAACUUCUUAGCAGUUGACCUUUAGUUUAUCUUCAUUUCUCAGAUUAAAAUGUUUGCAAUUUCAUUAGUUACCGAUGAAACGUGGGCUAACUAGGAUAAUUAUUCACAUAAUUAUUGUAAAUAAUGAUUACCAUAAGUGUUAUUCAAAAAUUUUAAAACAUUUAAGACAUGACAUCAACAGUUUGUCCAUUAUACUGGUCAUUAAGCACAGUGACAUAAUGAUAAUCCUCUGCAGAAACAAGUGGAAAAACUUUUUUUAAACUUUUUUUCUUCUUUCACAGCAGUUUCACGCCCUCCCCAAAGCCCCUCUUUUAAAAACAAAUCUGAAACCCCAAACCAUAAAAUAAGCAGUCAACCGAAAGCUGAGAGCCUAAUGAAGAUAUACAGUUGAUCAUAUCAUUCCUAGAUGGCAACAAUUAAAAAAUAACAAUAAAGAUUCUUAGUUAAGAUCGACUUACAGGUGAUUCAAGAUUUGUUUUGCAAGCAAUUACUAGGUAAAAAUUACGCCAGGCCAGUGUUCCCUUCAAUUGAUAUUAUUGUUAUAUCUUUAUUUUUAAAAUAUUUUUCAUUGAACAUUCAGGGGCAAGUGUUAGGUCCUUACAUCAUUAAUAAUCAAUCAGACUCAUAUAUAAAUAACUUGUAAAAUAUGAUAAAUCAAACUAACCCAUUUUUAUCUUGGACUGCGGAGAUCUUGAUUGUGAGAAAUUUAACAUAACUGGCGGGGCAGCUGUAGGGGUCAUCUCAAAAUUGCUGAAUGCCAUAAAAAAACAUUUGUGCGUCCCUCGUAACCCAUCUUAAUGAGGAGAAAAAAAGAUAAAAGGCAUCAACACUUCAUCUCAAUGAUGCCAGAAGUUUGAAAAGGAUGACAUUUUGGCAGGCAAGUGAUUUUAUGGUGAUCCCUAGAUUCAAUGAUUCUUCAAAUGAUCACCAUUAUUUGGUCCAUUUGUCCUUUUUGCCUGUGAAAGAAAUUAAGAUUUCCGUCAGUUCUUGUUGGGUUAAAUUUAUAUUGCACCCAGUGGUGUUGUAACAUCGUAAAUUUUAUAUUGCCAUCUGUUUCUUCAAUCAUAAUUCAUAUCUGUAUAGUUGCAAAUUUGAAAGCUUAAUGACAUGUAAAGCUAUGAUAUUAUGGUGAUAACUUAUUGGUAGAAGGACAGGGUCAACAACAUAAACAAAUUACCAUUCAUGAAAAAAAACCCCAGAAUUGUCUCAAUAAGAAAAAAAAAAUUCUAUUCAAUGCAGUUUUCGUGCAUUCCUUCCAAUUUUGACAAUAUUUUUUAUCUCAUCCUUGAGAUGAGGAUAAAAUGUUAAAAGAAGAUUUUGUGCUUCCCUCACUGUUGUUGGUGGAAAUGCUAUUGUGUCAUUAAAACUUUUUUCUUCGCAAAUUUCCAAUGUCAUGGAAAUACGAGAAUUAUCUAAUUCGAUAUAUAUCCAGAUAUGUGCUUGGAAACUGCAUUCAAAAUUUGUCUCCGGUGUUUUUUUUGUGUCAGAUUGUUUUUACAAGCAGUUGAUGUGCUAUCGCAGAGUGAUGUAAGACAUUCUUACACUAAGAUAUUGAAGCAGCACCAUUUCGAUUAAAAAAAAAAAUCAAACGUGUACUAAAAAUGACCACUUUGUGGUAUGGUGCAACCACAUUCUUGAGAAAGUUGCUUCAGUGAAGUUGCAUUAAGAUGAGACGACAAGCAAAUAAAAAACAUAGGUGGACCAGUUAGUGCUGUCAUCUAUCCAUAUGUAUCUGAGCUAGUCAAUUUGUCGACCGAAUAAGUUGUUUAAGUAAGUUGAUGGUUAAAGGUUAACAUCCAAAACAACAAUAUCUUCGUUAGAUCUUCACAUCUUAUCAUUGCAUUCAUGAUAAUUGAUUCAGGAUUAAAUGAUGGUCAUAUUCAAUGUUAAUGUAUGCGAUUAUGGUAAUGACUCAAUGUUGAUUCCCUCAGUGUAUAGAAAUAUUAAUAUCAUGUGGGAAUUUGAAUUUUUCAAAUUACUGUUUGAUGGAGUGGGCAUAUCUACCAAGCCUAUUUUGCAAAGUGGCUAUUUUUUUUAUUUUGGUGCCUAUUUUGUGACCCCUAAUUUCACCAGAGGUUUAAGAUUGAUACUCUAGUCACCAUAUGAACACAAAGUUAAAUAUGAAUAACACAAUGAGAUACAGUAUAUUCUAAAAUAUAAUCGUUUUUCUGGUAGUACUUCUCAUUAUGGCUAGAUUUAACCUGGAUUGGGACAAUUUCCAUACAGAUCAUGAGAAUUGAUCUCUUAAGAUAGAAAUGAGCCUAAUGCAGUACCAGAGGAAACAAUCUGUUGUGCAUCGGCCCUGAAACUGACAACUUACAAUAUAGGCAUAACAUUACAGGCACAGAAAAAAAUAGACAACUUCAAAAAUAGGCCCGGUACCGGGGUAUGGGGUUCAACGUUGCUGAAGCCAUUUGUGUAACUGUUAGGAAAUGUUGCUCUGCCAAAGUUAGAUAAGUAAUCAUCGUGUGAUGUUAUUUUCUUUAUGCACUCUAUACUUGCUGAGGCUAGAUCCGACUUAGUCACAAAUUAUUGAGUUUCCAUUUUGUCAGGGUUCUCCAGCAAUAUUUUGCAUUUUUACUACAAUUGCCUCUGUCAGUUUUGUUGAAAAAUGACAGGAAGAAUCAUUUCAGAAUCAACAAACAAAACAAAAAAAUAGGGGUUUUAUAAACUCAAAUUGUUUGAAACAAGACUUUCAAAAAAUGAAGCAAUCUUGAUUAAUUCAAAUAUUCCUAGUUAGUGUACAACCGUGCGAGUAGUAUGCAGGUUACUUCAGAACAGAUUGACCUACAUUCAAUUUUCUGUGUGAUCUUGACCUGUAUAUGAUGUUAUGUAUGUAUAGGGUCACUUUGGUCAUACUAUAGUGAGUUGACAUUCUCCAGCAAUUCUUUUGCACUUCUGCUACGUUUGCCUCUGUCAGUUUUGUUGAGAAAGACAGGAAGAAUCAAUUCGGACACAACAAACAAUAUAAAAAAAUCGGGGUUUCAUAAACUCAAAUUGUUUGAAACAAGACUUACAAAAAAUGAAGCAAUCUUGAUGAAUUCAAAUAUUCCUAGUUUGUGUACAACCGUGCGAGUAGUAUGCAGGUUACUUCAGAACAGAUUGACCUACAUUUAAUUUGUUCUCUAUCAGUUUUGUUGAGAAAAGACAGGAAGAA